CCCAUUAAGUACGAUUGGGUUUAUGUUGUUUAAGUUUAUAAUUAUAAAAAUUAGAAAAUCCAAUAUUUUGUGCUCGAACAAUAACAAGACAAACAUUCCAAAAAUAAGGAAAACAAGAGGCAUUAAAUAGAGCAUUAUAGAAUGUAAAAGAUUUAUCCAAAAUAAUAGAAUGGAACGAAAAAAAUGGUAUAAAAGUUCUUCGCAUAAGUAGCGAUAUGUUUCCUCGAUCAUUAGACGAAUAAUGUGGAUAUGAGAUAGAUUUCGCAAAAGACGAUUUAAAAAAGGCGGGAGAAUUAGCUAAAAAAUACAAUCAUAGAUUGACUUUUCAUCCUGGAUAAUUUAAUGUAGUAGGAUCUCCAAAUGAAAAAGCUUUUUAAGCAACAAUUAAAGAGCUUACAUAACAUACUCAAAUAUUCUAAUAUAUGGGUUUUUAAGAAAAUCCUGACAGUGUAAUUGUUUUACAUGGAGGAGGCACUUAUGGAGAUAAAAAGGAGGCAGUUUAGCGAUGGGUGGAAAACUUCGGAAGACUCCCUAAGGAUGUUUAAAGGAAAUUAGUAUUGGAGAAUUGCGAAAAAAGUUAUACUGUUAGAGAUUGUUUAAACAUUUCUUCAAAAGUUGAAUCUAAAUAUGGGUUCGCACUUCCUGUUGUGGUAGAUUCCCAUCAUUAUGAAUGUUAUAAUAUAUAUCAUAAAGAUGAAAAAUAAGAACCUAUGGAUAGUUUGAUUAGGGAAGUUAGCUAAACUUGGAUUAAAAGAGGAAUUAGAAUGAAAGUACAUGUUUCAGAAUAAGGAGAAGGGUAAGUAGGACAUCAUAGUGAUUAUAUUAAAAAAUUACCAGAAUGCUUCCUUAAUAUUCCUAAAGAUUUAAAUAUAGGUGUCGAUAUUAUGGUUGAAGCAAAAAUGAAAGAAUUGGCUAUUUUUAAACUUUAUUCUAUUUAUCCGGAACUUAAUUUAAGGUUAACAGAAAAUAAAGAUUAGGCUGUAGAGUCGUAAGUUGUUGAUAAAAAUUAGAAAAAUAAUAAAAAAAGUAA